GCCAGCGCCAGCAGUGAUGGCGGCAUUUGCCAAGGCUUCGUUCAAUGCUAAAGGCUACGCCGCAUCGCGUCCGACUUAUCCUCGCCAGCUCUUCGAUUUUGUCUUUAGGUACCACGAAUACGGCUCAGACCUCGUGCAACCCUUGGCCAAGGAACAACAAACGUGUUGGGAUGUUGCGGUAGACCUAGGUUGUGGAACGGGCCAAGCGACGGCUGAGCUGCGCCAAUUUAAACACGUCAUCGGUGUUGAUCCCAGCAAGCAAAUGCUUGUUGGGGCGCAGAAAUAUACAUUUGAUGGGUUGAAAGGACAUGACCUGGAGUCAGCGAGGAAGCAGUUCCUGUUUGUCGAAUCUCAAGCGGAGAAUCUCGGUUUCUUAGAAAAUAGUAGUGUCGAUCUGGUUAUCGCAGCCCAGGCUGCACAUUGGUUCAACUGGAAGGUACUCUGGCCUGAGCUAGCCCGAGUACUGCGUCCACACGGCACGGUUGCCGUUUGGGGCUACUCGGAAAUGCGGCUGUCUCGUUAUCCAUCGCUGACGCCCAUCAUUGACGCAUAUACCCAUGGUCCUGACCCUGCUACGAGUCUUGGACCACAUUGGCAACAGCCUGGACGAAGCAUAGUUGAGAAUCUGUUGCAAGACAUACCAAGCGCAUCCUCUAUUGUUCCAGGAGCGUUUUCUUCCGAAGACCGUGUCUAUUUCUCUGGUUCACACUUCCCUUCCCUCCCUAAUCCUCGUCAAGUUAUUUUGCACAAGAAGAUGAGAUGGACAGACUUCGAGGACUACCUCCGUUCCUUCUCUUCAUUACAUACGUUCCAAGUACGCAAUCCCGAUGAUGCGAAUCAUCCAGAUGGCGACGUCGUUAAAAGAUUCAUAAAUGCGUUAAAAACGAACAUGGGCAUAGAGGGCUUUUCAAAAGCCGGAUCCAAUGGAGGAGAUGAUGCAGAAGUGGAGAUUGAGUGGCCCUUGGCACUUAUUCUUGCAAAGCGGUCCUGA